UUCCAUCCAUAUUUAAAGAAGAAUGAAUUGUACAAUCUUUCUUUGUUGAAAGUGUAUUUGGACCAAAAUGGAGACAUAGCAACAGAUCUGAAGAUCAUUAGUAACGUGUUUCUGCCCAAGGAGGAUCCCAUCAACAAGGAAUUGGGGAGUUUUGAAAGGCAGAGAAUUACAAUCAACCAAGAUGUUUUGUCACAGUUAAAGUUGCUGAACAAGAGCAGUUUAUUGAAAGCAUCAAAAUCAACAACUGAUUUUAAACAUUCUUGGGAUAAACAUACUGAAAAAUGCACAAAGUGCCCAGAAGAACAAUGUCCAACCAAGAACCGAGUCCAAUGUAUCCACAAAAGAAUAACCUUCCUGUCCUAUGAAGAACCUCUGGGCAUCAUCCUCGUCUGCUUUGCCCUAUUCUUGUUCCUAACCACAGGCUUUGUUUUAAUCAUAUUCAUUAAAUAUCUAGAAACUCCCAUUGUCAAAGCCAACAACCGGGACAUCUCCUACAUCCUCCUGAUCUUCCUCUUGCUUUGUUUUCUUUCGUCCUUUCUUUUCAUUGGCCGGCCAAGGAAAGCCACUUGUUUUCUCCGGCAAACAAUGUUCAGCAUUGUCUUCUCAGUAGCUGUGUCUUCUGUGUUGGCCAAAACAAUCAUGGUGGUGCUGGCUUUCCUGGCCUCAAAACCAGGAAACAAGAUGAGAAGAUGGUUAGGAAAGACCUUGGCCAACACUACCAUCCUUUCUUGUUCUGGUGUCCAAAUUUUCAUUUGUGUCAUAUGGCUGGGAGUUUCCCCCCCAUUCCCUGAUUCUGACAUGCACUCCCAGCCUGGAAAAAUCAUCCUUCAAUGCAACGAAGGCUCUGUUACCAUGUUUUAUAUUGUCCUCGCCUACAUGGGUUUCCUUGCUAUCAUUUGCUUCAUAGUGGCUUUCUUGGCCAGGAACCUGCCUGGGGCCUUCAAUGAAGCCAAACUGAUCACUUUCAGCAUGCUGGUCUUCUGCAGUGUCUGGGUUUCCUUCCUUCCCACCUACCUGAGCACCAAAGGGAAAUACAUGGUGGCCGUGCAGGUCUUUUCCAUCUUGGCCUCUGGUGCUGGACUGCUGGGCUGCAUCUUCCUCCUCAAGUGCUACAUUAUCAUCCUUAGACCUGAUCUAAACACUAAGGAACAUCUCAUGAUAAAAAUAGGGAAGUGA